CCUGGUAGACUGUCACUCAGGAACACGUUUGGACAACUGGAUCCCAGAUGUGCACUCAAUGUUUAGGCCAGGCAGCAACACGUCUGCCUAACAAACAGGGAUCAAUGCCAAGAGCCAACAUCCAAUAGUUCAACAAGGCCGGCCUCUGACUCCGCCGUGCUCUGCCUCGUGGCCAGUCUUCGCAGCCAUCCCCAUCGGAUUUGGCAUCAUGCAUUGAGCUUCUUCGAGUUUGAGGUACCGACUUCGCCCGCAGAACGGGACCUGGUGAACAGCUUGAUGGCGGUCUACGGUGCGAGAGAUGUUUUCAUGGGAGUGGCUUUGUUCUCCGCUCUUUUCACCGGUCAUCCCAAGUCUGUCGGCUGGAUCAUGAUUGUGACCAGCACGGUUGCGUAUGUGGAUGGGUUUGUCUGCUGGGCACAUAGGAAGCGGUAGUGGAACCAUUGGGGGUACGUGCCCAUUUUUACCGUGGUAGGGACGCUGUUUUGGGUCUUUUUGAUACGAG